AUGGCUUCUAAGGCCCAAUAUACUGGGAAGGUUGCCAUUAUUACCGGAUCAACGAGCGAGAUCGGCCAUGACCUGACCAAAUUCCUGCUCUCAAAGGGUUUCAGUGUCGCGGUUACCGGUCGAAGGGUUAAGGAAGGCGAAGCAAUAGCAAAGGAGCUCGAUCCAGAGGGUCACACUGUCAUUUUUGUCCAAAGUGAUGUUUCUUCAUAUGCCUCUCAGGCAAAUCUUUUCCGGGAUGUUUGGAAUAAGUGGUCCCGAAUCGACGUUGUCAUUGCAAGCGCAGGCUUCAUUGAUAAGGGUUCCAUCUAUAACCUUGCCAGGAAGUCCGCCCCGGUGACAGAGCUGCCUCCAGAACCCGACCUGUCUUGCACCGACACCGAUUUCAAAGGUGUCAUCUAUUCCACCACACUUGCAACUCACUUUAUGCGCCACAACCCUUCCCCGGGAGGCAAAAUAAUCGUCACUGGCAGCAUGAUUGGGGUCCACCCUUGCGCGACCUUCCCUGAAUAUUGUGCAGCGAAAGCCGGCGUCCUCCAUUGGUGUCGUGUCGUGGCGCCGGUGCUCCUCAAGAAGGAAAAUAUCACCAUCAAUUGUGUCUUACCGGGAGCAUGUGAUACCCCGGCCAUGCCUGGAUUCACGACUGCAUUCCUGCCCGAACACCUGACCCUCAAGUCAUGUCUCAUGUCGGCCUAUGAUGUCUUCCUCCAGGAUGGGAGGAAUACUAUUACUGGACAAGCAGUCGAGACGGGCCAUGACAAAUUGUAUUAUUACGAUAUUCCCGAAUAUAAGAGUGGCGAUGUAGCUCGGAGGAAUGAAAAGGUCUAUGAGCCUUGGUUCGCCAUCAUUCAUGGGGAGAGGAGCGAGCCGGAAGAUGCCCUCCAGGGUCCACCAAAUCGUAAUGGGAUGGUUCCAUAA